AUGUCCGACGAUGGCCCUGCUGCCGGCGCCCCGGCUGCUCCUGUAGCUGAAGCUGGAGGGGCUGCCGGCCACAGCCAAGGCGGUCUUCACAGCGAGACAAGACCAAAGCGCAUCAGCACCCACAGCCCCGUGAUAGAGGACAUUGCUUCGCUCACCUCGCCCCGGCUCUUCACCCCAAAUCCCUUCAGUCGCAAGAACACAUCGUUGGAUAUUGAUGAUUACUUUACAGGUCCACGCGAUAUCCAGAAACACUCCAAAUGGCCCAUCUUCCUCCAGAUGCAUGGCAGCAUCUUGCCCAAGAUGAUUCUGCCCUUGCUCGCUAUUGGCGCCUGGGCGUCUCUCAUCACCAUCCUUAGUAUGAAGGUGUACAUGCUCGGCAUAAACAGCAUUCUGCUCACCGUCCUCGGUUUUGUCGUCGGUCUGAGCUUGUCAUUCCGCAGCUCCACGGCCUAUGAGCGCUACAACGAAGGCAGAAAGUACUGGGCGCAGCUGAUUCUGGCAACCCAGAAUUUGGGUCGGAUCUACUGGGUGCAUGCUUCUGGCCGCAAGGAUGUGCCCGAAGAGAAGAAGGACCUGGUGAAGAGACGCGAAGUGCUGGAGAAGCUCACCGCUAUGAAUCUUUUGGUGGCAUUUGCUGUUGCCCUUAAGCACAAGCUGCGCUUCGAACCAUACACGUGCUACGAGGACAUCUCGAGUCUCAUUUCACACCUGGAUACCUUUGCCAAGGUGGCCACCGAGGAGGACCCCGAAAAUGCGCACCGGACCUUCAAGCGCCCGAGUUUCUUCAAGAGCGUGGGCGAGUACCUGGGAGUGUCGUUUGCAGAAAGCAACCCACGCAAGUCCCUUAAGAAGGCUGCCGUCCCCCUGGGCAACCUCCCCCUCGAGAUUCUGUCGUACCUUGCCUCCUUCACCGACGAGCUCGCCCUCAGCGGCCGCCUGCCCGUCACCAUGCACCAGACCAUGGCCUACAACAACAUCAUGUCGCUCAACGACGUGCUUGUGGGCACGGAAAGAGUGCUCACCACGCCGCUCCCCAUUGCCUACUCGAUCGCCAUCGCCCAAAUCACAUGGGUGUACAUCCUGCUGCUGCCCUUCCAGCUCGUCAAGGUGCUGGAGUGGAUCACGAUUCCCGCCACAGUUGCCGCGGCGUAUAUCAUCCUGGGCAUUCUGUUCAUCGGUCGCGAAAUCGAAAACCCUUUUGGCCAGGACGUCAACGACCUACCCCUCGAGGCCUAUGCUGCUCAGGUGGCCGCCGAGAUGGACGUGAUCGCCAGCCGUCCCGUCCGCCCCAGCUACGAGUGGAUAGAAUCCAAGGACAACCACGUCCUGUGGCCCCUGUCCCACUCGGGCUGGCCCGUGUGGAUGAACCGUCCCGAAGAAAAGAUCCACGAGGCCGUCAACCACAAGGUCCUGGCCACCUUUCACAGCAAACGAGCCAAGGAAGAGGCGAUUGCACAAGGAAAAGUGCACUCGGAAAAGAAUGGCCACAAAACGGUGAGCGUGGAGGCCGUGUAG